AUGGAGAAACAACCGGCGAGCAGUUGGAGUAUCCAUACCCGGCCGGAGAUAAUCGCAAAGUACGAGAUCUUCGGGCGAAUCGGAUCCGGUGCCUACGCCGACGUUUACAGAGCUCGCCGUCUCUCCGACGGUCUCGUAGUCGCGCUCAAGGAGAUCUUCGAUUACCAGUCUGCGUUCCGUGAGAUUGAUGCGCUCACCAUCCUCCAUGGAUCUCCUAAUGUCGUUGUUAUGCACGAGUAUUUCUGGCGAGAAGACGAGAACGCAGUGCUCGUGCUCGAGUUUCUUAGGACGGAUCUCGCCGAGGUGAUCCGAGAUGGUAAGAGGCGGAAGAAGGAAUCAGGCGGGGAUGGAUUUACGGUGGGGGAGAUCAAGAGAUGGAUGAUUCAGAUUCUAUCUGGAGUUGAUGCAUGCCAUAGGAAUUUGAUUGUUCAUAGAGAUUUGAAACCUGGGAACAUGUUGAUAUCUGACGAUGGAGUGCUUAAGCUUGCAGAUUUUGGUCAGGCUAGGAUACUCAUGGAGCCUGAUAUUGUCGCUUCAGAUGAAAACCAACAGGGUUACAAACUAGAAGACAAAGAUGGAGAAACUAGCACAGAACCACCAGAAGUCAUUCCUGAUUAUGAGAACUCGUCUCAGCUAGGGUCUGAUGGUCAGGAGCAAGAAACGAUGAGUAAAGACGAAUACUUCCGACAGGUGGAAGAGCUCAAGGCUAAACAGGUUGUAAAAGAUGAUACCGAUAAGGAUUCGAACGUGCACGACGGAGACACAUCUUGCCUUGCAACAUGUACGGUUAGUGAAAUGGAUGAAGAACUCGGUAGGAACUCUUUUUCUUAUGAUGCUGAUGAAGCGUUGGAUGAAACACAAGGUUUGAUGACAUCUUGUGUGGGAACCCGAUGGUUUAGGCCACCAGAACUGCUCUAUGGAUCUACAAUGUAUGGGUUAGAGGUCGAUCUAUGGUCGCUUGGUUGUGUAUUUGCAGAGCUCUUGUCUCUUGAGCCUUUAUUCCCAGGAAUUUCAGAUAUUGAUCAGAUCAGCAGAGUGACCAAUGUGUUGGGAAAUCUAAAUGAAGAGGUCUGGCCAGGUUGUGUCGAUCUUCCAGACUACAAGUCAAUAUCGUUUGCUAAAGUAGAAUCUCCGCUUGGUAUAGAGGGCUGUCUUCCCAACCAUUCUGGGGAUGUGAUAGUGCUGCUCAAGAAGCUUAUCUGUUAUGACCCGGCUAGUAGAGCUACUGCUAUGGAGUUGUUGAAUGAUAAAUAUUUCAGUGAAGAGCCUCUGCCAGUUCCCGUUUCAGAGCUCUAUGUGCCUCCGACAAGGCGUGGGCCAGAUGAGGAUUCUCCGGGAAAGUGGAAUGAUAACAGAGAAAUGGAUUCAGAUUCAGAUUUUGAUGGUUUUGGACCCGUGAAUGUAAAGCCUACCAGUAGUGGAUUUACAAUACAAUUCCCCUGA